AUGAUAUAUACGAAGGAUGGUUGCACAUUUUGUACGAAAGCUAAGGAAUUACUGAACAAUGAGAAAAUGGAAUAUAAAGAGUGUAACACAGAUAAACUGAAGGAAACGAACCCGGAGCAAUAUAAGGGACGAGUGAACGGUUUGGUCUACAUGACAAGGCAAACAACCAUGCCACAGGUAAGGCCGUAG